CACCGGACGUUGUUAGUGCGCUUCGCUGCAGAAAUGUCCUGAACAGACCCAGUAAUGAAUGGAGGUUUUGAUACUGUGAGCGACCUUUGUUUACAUCCAGUCGCGAUGACAUGAAGCUUUAAGUUUGCCUGACCCGCCGCUGAGCUACCAUGGCAGCGAGGAUGAAGCUGAAGCUGAAGACUGUGUUUGUGCUGUACUUCAUGGUUUCCCUGAUGGGUCUCAUCUAUGCAUUGAUGCAGCUCGGCCAGCACUGCGACUGCACAGAGCACGACCUGCCGAAAGACCGCGCCAUGUCCCGCCUGCAGGAGGAGCUCUACCGCCUCCAGGGCCAGAUACGGCAGCUGGAGAAGGCGAAGCAACCAGAGAAGAAACAGCCUCCUAAGUCCUCACUUUCCACCAUCUUUAUCAUCACCCCAACAUAUGCCAGACUGGUGCAGAAGGCCGAGCUGACCCGUCUGUCCCAGACUUUCCUUCACGUCCCUCAGCUGCAUUGGAUCCUGGUGGAGGACUCGCCACGCAAGACGCAACUCGUCUCCAACUUCCUGUUGAAGAGCGGCCUGACCUACACGCAUCUGAACGUUCCCACCGCAAAGGAGCGCAAACUGCAGGAGGGUGACCCCAGCUGGCUGAAACCCCGCGGUGUCGAGCAGAGAAAUGAAGGACUACGGUGGCUCAGAGAAGACAGAAAGACUGAGCCGGGGGACGACGCUCAGCAGGGCGUGGUUUACUUCGCCGAUGACGACAACACGUACAGCCUGCAGCUGUUCGAAGAGAUGAGGAGCACUCAGCGGGUUUCUGUGUGGCCCGUCGGGUUGGUUGGUGGGAUGAAGUUUGAGAGCCCUGUGGUUGAAGGAGGAAAGGUGGUUCGCUUCCAUACCGGCUGGCGGCCCAGUCGGCCGUUCCCGAUGGACAUGGCCGGCUUCGCGGUGUCCCUCCGAUUGGUCCUGGCCAAUCCGGACGCUUGCUUUGACGGAGAAGCACCAAUGGGCUUCCUGGAAAGCAGCCUGCUUAAGGGUCUGGUGACAGUGGACGAGCUGGAGCCCAAAGCAGACAACUGCACUAAAGUUCUGGUGUGGCACACCCGGACAGAGAAGCCGAAGAUGAAGAGGGAGGAGGCGCUGCAGGUGCAGGGACUGGGCUCAGAUCCCGCUGUGGAGGUCUGAGCAACAUAAACACCAACAUUAAAAAGCUUCUGCUCAUGGUUCAGCUCAUAAAUGAGAGCCACAGGUAACCGUUCUGGUGUUUUUUCUGAGCUGUUACGCAGUUUUAUUUAAUGAUUAUUGGUGCAGAUUGAACAGUUGCCUACAGGGGGCGCCAAACACAACAUUUUGAAAGUUUAUAUCAGGGGCCACAAAUUAAUGCACGAGUAAGACAUAAAAUAUUGAUUUAGCUGAUAAUUUAAAUAAAAAUGGAAAUACAUAAGUUUUCACUAUUAAACGGUUCAAUAAUGUAUUAAACACUUCAAUAAAUGUGGAAUUUAUUUCUUAUUUAUUUAUAUUUAUUGUGGGAAGCAUCUAAAACUUCAAUCUAUAGUUUUAGAAGUUCUUCCGUUAUUUUAGUAUCCUGUCUUAGUGCGGGAUAUUACAGUAUUCUAGUGGGACUUGAUUAUGUUUUUAACAAAAGGAAUUAAUUGUGUUAAAAUUACCAGGUUAAAUGUAAUCAAUUAAUUGAAACUAACUUGUUAAAUCCCUGGCCCUAUUAUAUAAAUAGAUCAAUCUUUCAUAAUUUAAAAAAAUAUAAAGCACAUUUUUUGGUUUAUUUUAAUAUAAAUAAGUAUACUAUUAUUAUAUAUAAACAUGGUAUUUACAUUAAAAAAAACAUUUACAAUAUGCUGCUAAAUAGGGUUAUGUAUUUAAUUUACAGUUUUUUUUACAUAGUGGCAUUUUUGUUCCUCCAUACUUUCAUGCUGUAUUUUGAUACACAAAUGAAGGUUUUUCAUGUUACCUUACUUUAGAGUAAACCAGUAAUUAUUUCCAGCAGCAGCUGGAUAUAUUUAGACUCUAUGUGGUUUGACCUCAACCUCUCUGCAACUCCAUUUUUAUUUAUUUUCUUAAGAUUCAAGGACAAAUAUUCAUAUGCAUGGCUUUUGUUUUCGCAUGAUUAAUGUCUAUAACUCUUAGAUAUUUUCUAAAGCGUGGACGAGUUCUGUUCUUAUUUAAAUACUUCUGAGCCCAAUUAGAUCAUUAGCAGCAAUUCUCCAGCAAUAAGACAUAUUCACCACAUAAACACUAACUAUAAAUCUAGUAAUAGAGCGAACAAACCAGCCUCGUCUCCACGGUGCAGCUGUGACACAAUCCUGCGAUCGAAUGGUUUGACGCCCAGAGCAGCUUUAGAGCUUAUGUCUUGCACCAUGAAAAUUCCUGAAUGAGGAGAAAACUGCUGACGCUCAUAAACGCGUAUAUUCACAGCGCAAUAAGCAAACUAAAAAUGCACACUGUGUUGCAUUUCCACUCUGCAGAACACUUGAAUUUGGCUGAAAUGGGGAGGAAUCAAUUUUUGUUUUUAUUUAAGCUGCAUAUCAAGGUUUUCUCCCACAACAUUGUCUGCAGUCAAACAGACUGAAGGUCAUUAAACUCCAUCUCUGUAAAAUCAGCCUGUGCCUGCGUAAGAAAAAAUAGUGCCUGUGAGAAAGUUUAUCUGCUGGUGUUUGUGUAUUUAUUAUUGUGAUUAUUGUUCUCUACAUUGUACAGUGUGAUGAUGUCUGACCCAGGCCUUGUCAAUAAACAUGUUUAAUCUGU